GCCAAGGGCAGGAGGCCAGGCCAGGCCAGGGCUAUAAAUACAGCAAGGGGGUGGGGGUUCAGGUUACCCAGCGAGGCCGCAGCUGUCCUUGUCAGAGCCGGCAGGGGACACGUGGCCCUGCUUAUCUAUGUGUCAUUAUCUCCUGUUCCUCACCAUGCCACUACUGCCCUGGCUUUUGGGGUCCCCAUCCCUCCUUAUGGGUCUCCCGCUCUCAUUCCUGUCAUUCAGUUUCUGAGGGUCCCCGCUCCUCCACCCCAAGAUUCUGUCUUCCUGUCACUCUGAACCUCUGCUCUCCACCCAACUCUUGGUCUCUUUCUCUGUCUCUCCCUGAGUCAGUGUACCCGCCCCCUCCAUCUCUGUUCACCUCCUUUCUGAUUCUCUUCCUCCCACCUAAAUGUCAGUGCCCUCCACCCAUGGAUUAAUUUACCCCUUCUCUAUCUCUGGCAUUCCCUCUUGGGUCCCUGUCCCCCUCUCUCUGGUUCCCUCUUCCCCUGGCUCUGAGUCUCUGUCCCUCCUUCUCUGGAUCCUUGUCCCCUCUCUCUAGUCUCUGGUCCCCUGUCUCGGUUCUCUGGCCCCUCCCCCCUACUCUGGGUUUCUGUUCUCCCCUUCUCUGAAUUUCUGUCCCCCUCUCUCCGAGCCUCUGUCCCCCUGUGCGUCUCCUUCUGGCCGGCCCGUCAGGCCCUUUGCCCCGCCUCUCGCUCUACACGUCCACAAGACUUCCCGCCCCCCAGAUCCUGCACCGCCCCCCAGAUCCUGCAACGCCCCGGGCUGAGCUGGGAAGUGGCGUAUCCGGUUGGUCCUGGGCGGGUCUGGAGUCAGGGUUGGCCCGGACAGAAUGUAGGCAGCCGGAUAGGUUGCGGUGGCUGCGGCAGCAUGGUGGGUCCGGAGAAGGAGCAGGGCUGGAUCCCCAAGAUCUUCAAGAAGAAGACGUGCACGACAUUCAUCGUUGACCCCACAGACUCGGGAGGAAACUUGUGCCAGUGCGGGCGUCCCCGGAGUGUCCACCCGUCAGUGGCUGUGGAGGAUGCAUUUGGGGCAGCCGUGGUGACCGUGUGGGACAGUGACUUGCACACCACAGAGAAGCCGACGGAUGCCUACGGGGACCUAGAUUUCCUGGGCGCAGGCCGCAAGGCCAGCAAUUUCCUCCGGCUCUCUGACCGCACGGAUCCAGCUACAGUUUACAAUCUGGUCACGCGCACGUGGGGCUUCCGGGCCCCGAACCUGGUGGUGUCAGUGUUGGGGGGGUCAGGGGGCCGCGUCCUCCAGACCUGGCUGCAGGACCUGCUGCGACGCGGGCUGGUGCGGGCUGCCCAGAGCACAGGGGCCUGGAUUGUCACCGGGGGGCUGCACAGGGGCAUUGGCCGGCACGUUGGUGUGGCUGUUCGAGACCACCAGACAGCCAGCACCGGGGGCACCAAGGUGGUGGCCAUGGGCGUGGCCCCCUGGGGUGUGGUUCGGAAUAGAGAGCUCCUCACCAACCCCAAGGGCUCAUUCCCUGCGAGGUAUCCGUGGCGCGGUGAGCCGGACGACGGGGUCCAAUUUCCGCUCGAUUACAACUACUCGGCCUUCUUUUUGGUGGAUGACGGCACCCAUGGCCGCCUGGGCGGUGAGAACCGCUUCCGCUUGCGCUUCGAGUCCUAUGUCGCCCAGCAGAAGACGGGCGUGGGAGGGACUGGAAUUGACAUCCCCGUCCUCCUCCUCCUGAUCAAUGGUGAUGAGAAGACACUAAAGCGGAUAGAGAAUGCCACCCAGGCUCAGCUCCCCUGCCUGCUGGUGGCUGGGUCUGGGGGAGCUGCAGACUGCCUGGCGGAGAUUCUGGAAGACACUCUGGCUCCAGGGAGAGGGGGCAGCAGGCCAGGUGAAGUCCAAGAUCGGAUUAGGCGUUUCUUCCCCAAAGGGGACCCUGAGGUCCUGCAGGCCCAGGUGGAGAGGAUCAUGACCCGGAAGGAGCUGCUGACAGUCUAUUCAUCUGAGGAUGGCCCUGAGGAAUUUGAGACCAUUGUUUUGAGGGCCCUUGUCAAAGCCUGUGGGAGCUCUGAAGCUUCAGCUUACCUGGACGAAUUGCGUUUGGCUGUGGCUUGGAACCGCGUGGACAUUGCCCAGAGUGAACUCUUCCGGGGGGACAUUGAAUGGCGGUCCUUCCACCUGGAAGCCUCCCUCAUGGACGCCCUCCUGAACGACCGGCCCGAGUUCGUGCGCUUGCUCAUCUCCCACGGCCUUAGCGUGGGCCACUUCCUGACCCCGACGCGCCUGACCCAGCUUUACAGCGCCGCGCCCGCCAACUCGCUCAUCCGCAGCCUUCUGGAGCAGGCGUCCCACGGCGCAGGCACCAAAACCCCAGCCCUUACACCCUCUGGGGAGCCUCGACCCCCUGACGUGGGGCAGGUGCUGCGGCUGCUGCUGGGGGAGACGUGCGCGCCCAGGUACAGCGCCGGGGGCGUCGUGGAUCCCCACCGGGGCCAAGGCUGCCAGGAGAGCAAGUGCCUGCUGAAGGACAAGGCCCCGUCGGAACUCACGCUGGACGCCGUCCUCGGGCAGGCCCCCUGGACUGACCUGCUCCUCUGGGCACUGCUCCUGAACAGGGCUCAGAUGGCCCUGUACUUCUGGGAGAUGGGCUCCAACGCCGUGGCCUCGGCUCUCGGGGCCUGUUUGCUGCUCCGCGUGCUGGCACGCCUGGAGUCUGAGGCGGAGGAGGCGGCCCGGAGGAAGGACCUGGCGGCCAAGUUUGAGGGCCUGGGUGUUGACCUUUUCGGGGAGUGCUACCGCAGCAGCGAGAAACGGGCCGCUCGCCUACUGCUCCGCCGCUGCCCGCUCUGGGGGGAUGCCACCUGCCUGCAGCUUGCCAUGCAGGCCGACGCCCGUGCCUUCUUUGCCCAGGAUGGGGUCCAGUCUCUGCUGACACAGAAGUGGUGGGGGGAGAUGGACAGCACCACUCCCAUCUGGGCCCUGGUUCUCGCCUUCUUUUGCCCCCCACUCAUCUACACCAACCUCAUCACCUUCAGGAAGCCGGAGGAGGAGUCCACACAGAAGGACCUGGCCUUUGACGUGGAUCGGGGCGUCAACGGGGAAGGCCCCGUGGGGCUGGCAGAGCCCCCUGAGCAGACCCCCGUGGGGGCGCUGACGCGGCCCGGACGCAGGGGCUGCUGCGGGAGGUGCCCCCCACGCCUGCGCCGCUGGCCCCAGUUCUGGGGGGCGCCGGUGACCGCCUUCAUGGGCAACGUGGUCAGUUACCUCCUCUUCCUGCUGCUCUUCGCCCACGUGCUGCUCGUCGACUUCCGGCCCGAGCCGCCCGCCGCCCCGGAGCUGCUGCUCUACUUCUGGGCCUUCACCCUGCUCUGCGAGGAGUUCCGCCAGGGCCUGGGCGGCGGCUGGGGCAGCCUGGCCACCGGGGGGCCCGGCCCGGGGCCCCGCCGGGCCCCGCUGCGCCACCGGCUGCACCUCUACCUCGCGGACGCCUGGAACCAGUGCGACCUGGUGGCCCUCACCUGCUUCCUCCUCGGCGUGGGCUGCCGGCUGACCCCCGGCCUGUAUGACCUGGGCCGCACUGUCCUCUGCCUCGACUUCAUGGUCUUCACGCUGCGGCUGCUGCACAUCUUCACGGUCAACAAACAACUGGGGCCCAAGAUAGUCAUCGUGAACAAGAUGAUGAAGGACGUGUUCUUCUUCCUCUUCUUCCUCGGUGUGUGGCUGGUUGCCUACGGGGUGGCCACGGAGGGGCUCCUUAGGCCCCGGGAUCGUGACCUCCCGAAUAUCCUGCGCCGUGUUUUCUACCGGCCCUACCUGCAGAUCUUUGGGCAGAUCCCCCAGGAGGACAUGGAUGUGGCCCUCAUGGAGCAUGUCAACUGCUCGUCGGAGCAGGGCUUCUGGGCACGCCCAUUGGGGGCCCAGGCAGGCUCCUGCGUCUCGCUUUAUGCCAACUGGCUGGUGAUUCUCCUCCUCAUCAUUUUCCUGCUCGUGGCCAACAUCCUGCUGCUGAAUUUGCUCAUCGCCAUGUUCAGCUACACCUUCGGCAAAGUACAGGGAAACAGCGACCUCUAUUGGAAGGCGCAGCGCUACAGCCUCAUCCGGGAAUAUCACUCUAGGCCUGCACUGGCCCCGCCCCUUAUCGUCGUCUCGCACGUGCGCCUCCUCAUCCGCCGACUACGCAGGCGCAGGGCCAGCUUGCCGUCCUCCCCGAUCUUCGAACAUUUUCGGGUCUACCUUUCGAAGGAAGCAGAGCGGAAGCUGUUGACAUGGGAGUCGGUGCAGAAGGAGAAUUUCCUGCUGGCACGCGCCCGGGACAAGCGUGAGAGCGACUCAGAGCGUCUGAAGCGCACUUCGCAAAAGGUGGACACGGCGUUGAAGCAGUUGAGACAGAUCCGCGAGUAUGAGCAGCGUCUCAAAGGGUUGGAACGGGAGGUCCAGCACUGCAGCCGUGUCCUGGGCUGGGUGGCGGAAGCCCUGAGCCGCUCGGCAUUGCUGCCCCCAGGGGGGCCACCGCCUCCAACCCCACCUGGGCCCAAAGACUGACCCCUGCUGGCAGACUUCAAGGAGUAGGCCCAUAGGGCGUUUUUACUCCCCAAGUCCCAGCUGGUCUUGGACCCUUGCACCUCCUGGCCUUGUCCUGGAGGUGGGCCCCAUGCUCAUGGAGGCCCACCUGGGCUUCUGUCAGGACCACCUCAGGGAGUGUCAUCCGUUGGGACCACGGCAGGCCUGGUUCCCCACAGAACCAGUCCCAAUCUAGAAGGAUCGGCCUCUGGAACCCAGGCAUUGACCUUCUGAAGGUCCUGCCACAGCCCACUGGGCAGAAGGCUGCAGGGUCCUUGGGCUGCAGGGACCACAGAUCCUACUUGUAGCUCCCCACACUGGGGAAAUAAAGCCAUUUGAGAGGA